AUGGCGGCAGAGACGGUGGAGCUGCAUAAACUGAAGCUUGCUGAACUAAAGCAGGAAUGUCUUGCUCGUGGUUUGGAGACCAAGGGAAUAAAACAAGAUCUCAUCAACAGGCUCCAGGCCUAUCUUGAAGAGCAUGCUGAAGAGGAGGCAAAUGAAGAAGAUGUACUAGGAGAUGAAACAGAGGAAGAAGAACCAAAGCCCAUAGAACUGCCUGUUAAAGAGGAAGAACCCCCUGAAAAAACUGUUGAUGUGGCAGCAGAAAAGAAAGUGGUAAAAAUUACAUCUGAAAUACCACAGACUGAGAGAAUGCAGAAGAGAGCUGAAAGAUUCAAUGUACCUGUGAGUUUGGAGAGUAAGAAAGCUGCCCGGGCAGCUAGAUUUGGAAUUUCUUCAGUUCCCUCAAAAGGCCUGUCAUCUGACACCAAGCCUGUGGUUAAUUUGGACAAGCUAAAGGAAAGAGCCCAAAGAUUUGGUUUGAAUGUCUCUUCAAUCUCCAGAAAGUCUGAAGAUGACGAGAAGCUGAAAAAGAGGAAGGAGCGAUUUGGAAUUGUCACAAGUUCAGCUGGAACAGGAACCACAGAGGAUACAGAGGCAAAGAAGAGGAAAAGAGCAGAGCGCUUUGGGAUUGCCUGA